AUGCGACGAUUUUCUCCUUCAAAUAAGGAAGCCCUUCAUGUCAUUAUUAUUAGCCCUCUGGUCGCUGUCGCUCCUCUACCUGCUGCACAUCACCGUCGUCCGCCUCGACGUCCUGAGGAUACGCUCACCUGCGCUCGCCCGCAAGCCACCGCAUCGCCGCGCAGUCAUCUCGCCGCCGCGCGUCAAGGCACUCGCCAACGAUCAAGUGCUUCUCACCAUAAUCGUUGCCAUCACUACUCACUCACUCACUCAACCACUCCCGCCUGCUCAUCGCUCAUGCCCACUCCGCCUCUUACCAUCCCCACUCACUCCGCCAGCCCGCUCGCUCCUCGCAUCGGCCCAUCGACCGCUGACCGCCCAUCACUCAUCGGCCGCCCAUCGGCCGCCCGAGCCGCUCAUCCCUGA